CUCAUUUGGAGAAGAGGUCAGCCACGUCCUUGUUAGUUGCCAUAUUUUGUGGAACUGUUCUCCGAAGAAGAGAAAUACAGGCUCAGCUUUAAUUGAUUGGAGAAGGUUGUACCUAUUAAGGUCACAAUGACUGCUGCCGAAUCAUCUUGUUACACAUUGAUAAAUUAUCCCAUUGAAAAUGAGUCAGUCACAGAGGCCAAACUCAAGGAAGAUCUUGAAAAGGGUGACACCGCAACAAAAGUCACUGCCUUAAAGAAGGUGAUGUAUAAUAUUUUGAAUGGAGAAAAGAUGCCCGGUGUCUUGAUGACAAUCAUUCGAUUUGUGCUGCCCCUGAAAGACCACAUGAUAAAGAAGCUUUUAUUGAUUUUCUGGGAGAUAGUCCCAAAAACGCAGCCAGAUGGAAAACUUCUGCACGAAAUGAUUCUUGUUUGUGAUGCUUACAGAAAGGAUUUGGAACAUCCAAAUGAAUACAUAAGAGGUUCCACUUUGAGGUUCCUUUGUAAACUGAAGGAAGCAGAAUUACUGGAGCCAUUGAUGCCUGCCAUAAGGGGAUGCUUGGAACACAGACAUUCUUAUGUCAGACGAAAUGCAGUCAUGGCAAUUUAUACCAUUUACAGGAACUUUGACUUUCUUAUCCCUGAUGCCCCUGAGUUGGUCUAUGGAUUUCUUGAAAAGGAGCAAGAUGCCUCUUGUAAACGCAAUGCCUUUAUGAUGCUAAUUCAUGCCGACCAGGAAAGGGCUCUUGAGUAUCUCAGCACAUGUAUUGAUCAAGUACACAGUUUUGGUGAUAUUUUGCAGCUUGUCAUUGUGGAGUUGAUCUAUAAGGUCUGCAUUGCCAACCCUUCAGAAAGGUCAAGAUUUAUUAAAUGCAUCUAUAACUUGCUGAACUCAUCCUCAAAUGCAGUCAGAUAUGAAGCAGCAGGAACCCUUGUCACUUUGUCAUCUGCGCCAACUGCAGUCAAGGCUGCUGCCACUUGUUACAUUGAUUUGAUUGUGAAAGAAAGUGACAAUAAUGUCAAACUCAUUGUUUUGGAUCGAUUGAUCAAACUUAAAGAGAACCCAGCACACGAAAAAGUCCUCCAGGACCUGGUGAUGGACAUACUCAGAGUGCUCGCCAGCCCUGAUCUGGAAGUCAGAAAAAAGAGCUUGGAGCUUGUUGUUGAUUUGAUGACGGCAAGAAAUUGUGAAGAAGUUGUUUUGCUGUUAAGAAAGGAGGUGAACAAGACACACACGGAGGGUGAUCAAGACGAGUCUGGCAAUUACAGACAGAUUUUGGUUCGUACUCUGCAUUCAUGCAGUGUCAAGUUCCCAGAGGUUGCACCCUCUGUCGUCCCAAUGCUCACAGAAUUCCUUGGAGAUACAAACGAGCAAGCUGCUCUUGAUGUACUCUUAUUCAUUCGAGAAGCAAUUCAAAAAUUCGAUACAUUAAAAACUGUUAUUAUCGAGAAAUUGCUUGAAAGUUUCCAUACAAUUAAAUCAAUCAAAAUUCAUCGACAUGCCCUGUGGAUUUUGGGUGAAUACUGCAUCAGAGCUAGCGAUAUUCAGUCUGUGAUGAAUGAAAUCAAAACUGGUCUUGGCGAGAUCCCAAUUGUUGAUGACGAACUUAAAAAGGAGGCUGGUGAAGACAGUGAAGCUCACGAAGACUCGAAAGGCAGUGGUCAGAAGCUGGUGACGGCCGAUGGCACAUAUGCAACACAAAGUGCGUUUACAAGCAAGACUGGAGGGGCUGGUGCCAAGGCUGACGAUAAAAGGCCACCACUUCGUACUCAUCUCUUGAACGGGGAUUUCUUUGUGGGGUCAGCAAUUGGCAGCACAUUGACUAAACUCGCUUUGAGAUUCAUUGAGUUGGAAAAAGACCAAAUGAAACAGAAUAAAUUUUGUGCCGAAGCGAUGUUGAUAAUGGCGAGCAUAAUUCACCUCGGAAAAUCCGGACUUCCUAAAAAGGCCAUAAGUGAAGACGAUUUAGACAGAUUGGCAACCUGUGUGAAAGCUCUGGCAGAAAGAAAACAGCUCCUUAAAGAAAUCUUCGGUAAACUUUGCAGAAGUGCAGUAUCUGUCAUGCUGGAAGAAAAUGCUCAAAUAUUAGACUCUGGAAAGCCCACUACCGAAAAGAAAGUGAUAGCGAACCAGCCAGACGAUUCGAUCUCAUUUUUGCAGUUAUUUGCCAAAUCUGACCAAGGCGUUGCAGAGGAUCAGCUGCAGCUUAGUUUACUUCAAGCGAUCGGAAAUCCAAUUUCUUCGAAAGAGGAGGAUCCUAAAACUUCAAAACUCAGCAAGGUUGCACAAUUAACCGGAUUCUCGGAUCCGAUCUAUGCCGAGGCGUACGUGAAUGUGAAUCAAUAUGAUAUUGUUCUGGAUGUUCUCAUAGUCAACCAGACUGCUGACACUCUUCAGAAUGUAACAUUAGAAUUGGCCACGCUAGGUGAUUUGAAACUGGUGGAAAAACCAUCACCGAUUACAUUAGCACCCCAUGACUUCUCUAAUAUAAAGGCAUCAGUUAAAGUAGCUUCAACCGAAAAUGGAAUUAUAUUCGGGAACAUAGUAUAUGACGUUUCUGGGGGAUCUGGUGACCGCAACUGUGUCGUACUUAAUGACAUUCAUAUUGAUAUUAUGGACUACAUCGUACCUGCUACUUGCACAGAUAACGAAUUCAGGAGCAUGUGGGCAGAAUUCGAAUGGGAGAAUAAGAUAUCUGUCAACACAAACAUAUCGGGUUUGAGAGAGUACCUUGAUCAUUUAGUGUCUUCUACCAACAUGAAGUGCCUCACUCCAGAAAAGGCUUUGUCAGGUGACUGCGGCUUUAUGGCAGCCAAUUUUUAUGCACGAAGCAUUUUUGGCGAAGAUGCGUUGGCUAACCUGAGCAUCGAGAAGCCACUAGGUUCCGGGCCCGAAGGACAGGUUACCGGGCACGUUCGGAUUCGAGCUAAGAGCCAGGGAAUGGCUCUAAGUCUUGGUGACAAGAUCAACUUAUCUCAAAAGAAAUCUUCAUAGAUACUGGAUAACAAAUGGAUAAAAUCUUUAUUAUUCUUCGGACUUCACUCUCCUUUGCUCAAAGAAGCAAUGUAUAAUUCUUAAGUAGUUAUUUGAUCGAUAAAAUGAUUCAAUUUUGUGAUUUU